AUGCAAGCAAUUCGUCACAUCUCAACUUCCACAAUUAACCGUUCAAUCAUGUCUACGUCUUUAGAUAUUACAAAGUUAGCUCUAUUAAAUUCCAAAUUAAAAGAAGAUCCUGUUCACAAAUUGGCCUCUACUGUGCUCAAGAACUAUAAUGCAGACGACUUGCUAUUAGAUAAAAGACGUCUUGUAGAACAAGAUAAACGUAUUUUCAAUACUCGUAUCUCUAUCGAACCAGCGCCUGUCACCAAUCAACGUGCCUCUGGUAGAUGCUGGUUGUUUGCAGGGACCAAUGAAUUAAGAUGUUCUGUAAUCAAAGAGUUAAACUUAAAAGAAUUCGAAUUAUCACAAGCUUAUCUAUUCUUCUACGAUAAAUUGGAAAAAGCUAACUACUUCUUAGAUCAAAUUAUUUCCACACGUGAUGAACCUGUGGAUUCUAGACUAGUCCAAUAUCUGUUAGCUGCUCCAACACAAGAUGGCGGUCAGUACAGCAUGUUUUGGAAUAUCGUUAAGAAAUACGGGGUCCUUCCAAAGGAUCUCUAUAAUGAUUCAGCUUUUUCAACUACUUCUUCAAGAAAAUGGAAUUCUUUAUUGACUACAAAAUUGAGAGAAUUCGCCCAAGAGUUAAGAGACUGCGAAGAAACAAAUUUAACUAAAUUGCGUGAAUCUAUGCAAGAUGAGAUAUUCAAAUUGAUGACUCUAUUUAUGGAUUUCCCACCAGUGGCACCAAAUGAAAUAUUCCAUUGGGAGUAUCAAGACAAGGACAAGAAAAUCCAUAUCAUAGAAUCCACCCCGUUAGAAUUUGCCACCAAAUAUUGUAAAUUGGAUUUCAACAAACCUCCUGUCUCACUCAUUAACGAUCCAAGACACGAGUAUGGGAAAAUGAUCAAAAUUGAUAGAUUAGGUAACGUCAUUGGUGGUGACGAUGUCUUAUAUUUAAAUGUGGACAAUCCAACUUUAUCUAAGUUAGUAGCCGAAAGAUUGGCCAAUGAUAAGCCUGUGUUUUUUGGAUCUCAUACGCCUAAAUAUAUGGAUAAGAAAAAUGGGAUUAUGGAUAUCCAGUUAUGGAAUUAUAAUUCCAUUGGAUACAAUCUAAAACAAGAUAAGGCAAAUAGAAUCAAAUAUAACGAAAGUUUGAUGACUCAUGCCAUGCUAAUCACUGGCUGUCAUGUUGAAGAAGGUUCAGAAAUUCCAACUCGUUAUUGUGUGGAAAACUCAUGGGGGAAAGAUUCUGGUAAAGAUGGUUUAUAUUUAAUGACACAAGAAUAUUUCGAAGAAUAUUGUUAUCAAAUUGUGGUUGACUUAGAAGAUUUACCUUCUGAAUUGGCUGAAAAAUUCACCACAGAGAAAGAGAGACCAAUUGUUUUACCAAUUUGGGACCCAAUGGGUGCAUUAGCUUAA